AUGUUUAACCUCACAACACCAGGGAAGUGGGAAUCACUGCGCGUCACCCCAGCCGAUCUCCGCCUGGAUACGACGUUGAACUGUGGACAAAGUUUUCGAUGGGUCAAAACGGGAGAAGAAGAGUGGACCAGUGUAUUGAAGGGCAAGAUUGUCUCCUUGAGGCAGGAAGAGAGCGAUAUCCUCUUCAAACUACAUGAACAAACCGCAGGAGAUGAAUUUGCCACCACGGCUCCACUCGAAUCCCAGGAGGCCUUUCGCCCAGUUCUGGAGGACUACUUCCAGCUGAACGUGGACUUGAAAGGGCUUUACGAGAAGUGGAAGAUGGAUUUGAACUUCAAGAAGAAAGCUUCCUUCUUUGCGGGAAUCAGGAUUCUAAGGCAAGAUCCGACUGAAAAUGUAUUCACGUUCAUAUGCUCGAGCUGCAAUAAUAUACCACGGAUCACUUCGAUGGUCAACAACCUCUGCAUCAACUAUGGUCCUUACAUCGGGACUGUGCCCGGACAUCCACACCCAUACCACGGCUUUCCAAGCGUAGCACGACUGGCGGGCGAUGGCAUGGAAUCUGAACUUCGGAAGUUGGGAUUUGGAUAUCGGGCAAAGUAUAUCAUGAAGGCGGCGCAAUACAUAAUGGAAAAAGAAACUGCUUUGAAGACGGAUGCUGGGGAUUCAAAUGGCGGAUGGCUAGAGAAUUUAAGACACCUCCCCUAUGAAGAGUGUCGAGCUGAACUUAUCAAACUGGCCGGAGUCGGACCGAAGGUGGCGGAUUGCAUCUGCCUGAUGAGCAUGGAUAAACCCGGCGCUAUCCCCGUCGAUACCCAUGUCUGGCAGAUUGCCCAACGAGAUUACAAGAUGAAAUUCCAAACUAGAGCAAAAACAAAAUCAUUAACGCCAAAACACUAUGUCGCCAUCGGUGACUUUUUCCGUGACACCUUCGGCCCAUUCGCGGGCUGGGCCCAUUCAAUUCUGUUCACCGCAGAUCUAAACCAAUUUGCACAGCAUGGACGUAUUGAGAAGAAGGUGGCAAUUCUUGAUGAGAUCCGGACCGAAGGCGAGGAGAAAAUAAGUAUAAAAGUAGAGGCAGCACAAGUAAUCGGAAACGUGGAGGUCCCCGGAGACAUGAAACGUGACCCUGACGUUACGGCAAGCAAGAAGUCCGAAGUCCACUUUGAGCCACCCAGCCAUGUGUUUGCCGUCAAAACGGAGACGAUGAUGAAUAUACAUAGAGCCGUAUAG